AUGGUAGGAUCGGAAGUUUACGUGAUCGGCUACGCCUUCUCGAUGGGAUUAGUAAACGAAAUUCACACAGAAGUGCGCGCUUUCGGCAAACAUUACUGGUUCGAAAAAUACGGUGCUGAACAAGCGAGCCAGUACGCGCCAAAAGAAGGCUUCAACCUGGCGGAUGAAAUUUACGCCGGCUUCACGGAGCGUUCUCAGCAAGACUUCGAAAGCUACAUUUUCAGUAUUCGCGAGGACUGGACAGCUGACAAAUACCGCCUCUUCAAUCACAACUGCCGAACGUAUUCCAAUACCCUAAUUGAGUAUCUAUUUCCUGGCCCAUUUUCAGGAACGGCUCAGGAAACAUUCCAGUUUCAAUUGCCCUUCCAAGCCACGAACGCGAAGCAUUAUCUGCUCUAUCAACGUGCCGAGGCGAAAGUAAUGGAAACUGGGCUCAACCUUCUCGGCGAUUGGGCAAAUGCUUAUCUCGAACGGAGCAAUCCGCAGCCAGCCAGCGGAGCACGCUGCGAUGGAAGCGCAGAUUCCGCCAAAGUCGAUAGCAACCAGAGUCGACAACCGAAGAGUGCGGCUGAAUGGGUUGAACAAGGAGUUCAACUCUUUGCUGCUCUAACUAAGCCGCAAAAAAAGAAGUGA